AUCCUCUUUCUAUCUCUGAACUCUAAUAAUACUGGAACGUGUACUGCAAUGUACUGACAGUCAGAAUGCGAAUGACGGAAAAGGGUAAAUCUGGAGGAUCACUUCUUUUUUCCCCGGCGGACAAAUUUUACUGAAAUUUUGCAAAAAUUUUGCUGAAAGUGAUAUUUUAAUUACUACGUUUAUACGUCACCAUGUUAAUCGGGUUUAAUAAUAUUCAUAGUUAUGAAACUAGUCAAUCACAAUCGGAGGACCAAUUUUUUUGUUAUGUAGCAGAAUGAUUUUUCAAGGUCCUUUUUUUACAAUGCAUCGUUGAAAUUAAUUUUGAUCAAACUGAAUUACUGCUAAACUUUUUGGACAAAGAAUAUUUUAUUGAAUAUGGCGACAUUAUGCUGGAUGCUCAUUGGUCGAGAACAUGUCACGACUAUGUUGUAUGUAUUUUAUGGUUAUCUUUUCAUUGAUCCAUUGCGAUUCGUCUACGUUGAAUGACGUUGCUAAACUAUCGAGCCAAUCAACGACAUGGGUAGGUUGACAACCAAUCCGACGAAAGUUUCAUCUCCAAACAAAAUUCAAGAAUUAAAUGACCGUUUGUCGUGAGAGAACAAGUAUACAGUACGGACAAGUGUACGAAAUAUUGUUUUUGUGUUUUUACAUCCAACUUUUUAUAUGUUAAUCAUUGAACUCUGCUGGGCUCGCACGUUCGGUGACACAUUAAUCACUUGUGUUCCCUUUUAGCGAGGAAAGUGUCUUCUAGUUGAUCUAACAAGAUGGAGAAUACAUUGGAUUCAAUUCGUCCAUCGGAAAAUCCACGAGAAGACAUGUCAUAUCUAUUUGGUAGAGAUCCAAGUAUUCUGGCAUAUAGUCAAAGACCAUUUCCCUCAAAGGAUACGAAGAAGAAUUUGCUUUCAUUAUAUGAAACAGAAGAAAAUUCCACUAAUGAGAAUGUAUCUGAACAUUCAGACUUGCAGACUUUACAAACUAUCAAGGUGUAUCUUAGACUUAAGCCAUUUCCCAAAAAACUAAAGUUGACUGAGGAACAGCAAGAAGCGUACAAUAUCAUAAAUUCCACUACAUUGGUCACGAAGCUACCAAUACUGGAUAAUAGUGGAAGUAUCAAGCAGUCCAAAAGUAAUGAAAUAGUAUGUCGUAAAUUUACUUUUUCACAAACGUUUAGACCAGAGACCACUCAAUUGGAAUUAUUUGAGCAAACGGUACAGCAGCAGAUGAUAGAUUUUUUAGCUGGACAAAAUUGUACUAUAAUGACAUACGGUACUACAAAUUCAGGAAAGUCAUACACAUUGCAAGGGACUACUACUUCUCCUGGACUUAUACCACGUGCCCUGGAGUUUGUGUUUAACAAUAUUACAACGAGACCAAAUCCAUUUUACAAACCCUUACAUUAUAACGAUGUAGUCAAUCUCAACGCCCUCGAACGUGCGCAGGAACUUGAGGCAAAGUCCAAACUACUAACAUUUAUUUCCGUGGAUAAACAUCAGUACAUGAACACUUACAAACAAAUGCAGAAAUUGUUGCAAGAGGAAUCAAUUCGCCCCAGUCAAUGCUACGAUGCUCAUUAUUCAGUUUGGAUCUCGUUUGCAGAAAUCUAUAACGAAAUCGUAUAUGAUUUACUAUCGAGUGAAUGCCAGAAAAAAAGAAUACCCUUAAAGUUGGGAGCAGAUUCCAAUGGCAGAGCGUUUAUCAAAGGUUUAAAAACUAUCUGUGUUAAUUCAGCAGCGGAAGCUUAUCAGAUCUUGAUGGCGGGACAAUACAAUUUAAAAGUAGCCGCAACUGCGUUAAACGCAAAAAGUUCGAGGUCUCAUUGUAUAUUCACAAUAAUAUUGUUGAAAUAUUAUGCGGAAAAUGUACCCGAUACAGUUGAACUGAGCACGUUUUCCUUUUGUGAUUUGGCGGGUUCGGAACGUUUAAAGAAGACAUUGAAUAUUGGGGACAGAUUAAAAGAAGCGCAAAAUAUUAACACUAGUCUACUGGUCUUAGGCAGAUGCUUGAAAUCCAUUCACGAAGGACAAUUAACUAGAACAAAGACAGAUACCGUGGGACCAUUUAGAGAAUCCAAGUUAACCAGAUUAUUCCAACGAGCGUUAUCGGGAAAGGAGCAUCUAGCUUUGAUAGUUAAUGUUAAUCCUCUACCAAAUCUUUAUGUAGAGACUCAGAAUGUUCUAAAUUUUGCCGCUAUUGCAAAGAAAAUUGUUAUAGAGAGGAAAAAGCAAAUACAGAAGAAAUUGAAAUCGAGAUUUUCGCAAAUAGUCACGCAGAGUAUACAAACGGUGACCGAUUGGGACACAGAAUUGGAAAGUGUGGAUUGGCAACGUACAAAUAGCGUGGAAGAGAACGAAUCUGACUACAUUACUUCGGAAGAAUAUAUGGAUAUUGCAAAUGAAAAUGAAAAACUGAAAAAGGAGAUUGCUCUUUUAAAGAAUUCAGCGUUAAUUCGAGAUUUUCAAACUCGGCAAGAAAUGGCUGAGAAAUACAUUGCGAUGAUCAAUGAGCUUGAAGUUGAUUGGAAGCAACGUAUAAACGAUGUUGAAACCCAACACGAAGACGCUCUGGAAUGGACUGUGAAACAAGUUGAAGAAUAUUACAAAAAACAGUUAAAUCAACUGAAUAAGAAGAGGAGAAGAUAUAGUGAGUGCACUGAUAGCGAUGAAGAAGAUGACAAUCUUAAUGUAACUGUGAAAGAAUUAAUUAAAGAAAAUACACAGUUGAGAGAGAAAAAUGAAAGUUUAAAGAAAACGUUAACUGAAGUGAAAGUAACGAACGAAACUUUAAUUGUGGAAAAAAACAAAGCUUCUUUCGAGUUGGGUUUGUCUAAGGAGGAUUUGAAAGUUGCAAGAGGUCUUCUAGAAACUGCUCAAAAAGAUAUUUGCUCUACUCAAGACGGUAAAAUUUAUAUAAAAGAAUUGACAUCGCAAUUACUUGUUAAAGAUGAACAGAUCAAAACUCUAAAAGAGAUUCUCAAUGAAGCAAAAGAAGAAUAUAUUACAAUUACGUCUGAUUUGAAAAAAAGGGAACUUGAGAUUGACGAGCAGGCAAAAGUUAUAGUAGAAAAUGAAGAAAAAAUUGAAGAUUUAGAAUUGCAGCUCGAGGAUGUUAAUAUUUGUUUGAUGGAAAAAACGAGAAUGGUAGAGCUUUUGGAAGAAAAAUUGGAACACCACAAUGAAAACCAAAUUUUACAAUUGCAAGAAGAAAUUAAUAAAUUAAAGAACGAAAACUUAGCGUUGAUUAAAUCUCGUGAGGUAGAAUCGACCAGUCAAAAUGAAUAUGAAGAGGUUAUUAUAAAAGAAGAACUGAUUUCCGAUGAGACAUCAGAAGAUUCAAGAACAGAUAAUGCAAAAGCAUCUAAUGAUACUAAUUUUAAUGAAAUUAAAGAGAUCAAUUUGAAUAAUUUGAAUCCCGUAGAAAAGACACUUCUUAAACAGGUGGACACAGGUUGUCAGGUAGAUAUAAAAAAUGAUAAGGAUUACAACGAUGUUAAAGAUAAGUUGGAAGAAAAUACUCAGGCGACUGUAACAAUAUCAAAAGAUAUUCAAACUAGUAACGAGUUGUUGAAAGAAGAAGCUGUUCAGACUGACGAGGUUGUGGAUGCCAAUGCAAAAUUACAAUUGGACACAUUGACUAAGCAACUUGAUGAUAUUCAAGUACAAUACGAACAGAAAUGUUCACAAAUUAACAAAUUAACUGAAGAAUUGAACGAUAUGAAAAAGACACUACAGAUUUUAAAGAAAGAAAAUUGUUCGCAUAAAACUAUCGUAGACGAAUAUAAGAAUUCUACGGAGGUACUUAAGAAACAACUAGAACUUGCUGCGGAAGAGAAACAAAGGAUGGAAGAAAUUUUACUGAGCUCCGAUAUGACUUCCAAACAGAAAAUUGCAGACUAUGAAUGUGAAAUUGAUCGAUUGGAAAAGAAUCUCUUAGGUGCAAAGGAUAACGCCCAACAGUAUUUAGAGAAACUGGAAACGGCUCAAAAAGACUUAGAUGAUUAUAAGUUAAAGUAUAAAAAAGAAGAAGAAGAAGCGACAAACAAAUUAGACAACGUUUUUGUUUCAGUGAAAACAGAAGAUGACGAUACAAAUAAUGCGAGUGUAAAUCAGUUAGAUGAGCACGCGGAAAAGAUAUCGCAGUUGGAAAGCAAUUUUGAAACUAUAGAGAAGCUGAAACGUGAUAUCGAUCAAUUGAACAGAAACUUGGAAACGUGUCAGGUAGAGAAGAAUUCUAUACAAGAGAUGCUCAAUGAGAAUAACAAGAAAUUGUUGGAACUUGAGAAUCGAUUGGAAGAAACAACUCUUAAGGAGCAAGAGAAAGAUACUGAAAUUACGACCUUGCAAAAAGAACUGAAGCGUAUGAUACAGAUUAAUGAAGCUGCCGAGAGAAACGACAACAUGAUGGAAGCAGAAUUGAAAAGUUCUAUAAGUGAAUUAACGCAGACGAAGGAAUCGCUUCUUCAACAGCAGCAGCAUAUAAAAGAAUUGAAGAUACGUUUGGAGAACUCCGAGAGAAGUGCGAAGAUAUUUAACUUGCUCGAGCAGAACGCGAAGGAGCGGCAAGUCGAAAACGAGCGCCUGCGAAAUAUUAAUGACGAGCUGAGAACCAACUUAACGCAGAAGGAACGCGAGAUGGACGCGUUUAUGAAGAAUCGAGACGAGACGGUGACCAAGUACGAAAGUCUGGUUAAAAAUCAGCAGGAAGAGCUGGACAUGCAGAAAAGGGAAGUGAUGAGGUACCAAGAAUUAUUUCGUCGGCAAAUCACACCGACGCCAAACAAGGACGAUACGAAGAAGUUGCAGAAUCGCAUAGAGGUGCUUCAAAACAAACUGCGCAAGUACGAAGGCAAUGCAAAGGGUAAAAACGAUUACGACAGCACAUCGGAGGAAGAGGAGGAGGUCUCGUCGGCUCCGCGUCAACCUAAACGCCGCGGAAAGAAGGCAAUCUUGUCCGCCAAGCAGGAAAAUAUACCGGUCAUCGAAUUGUCUGGGUCCGAGUCGAAGCGCAGCACGAGAAAUAAUACCACUUUGCCACCACCGGAAACAUCGACCGAGAAGAGGCGCACUCGUAGGAAAAAACUAUUUCUCGAGAACGAUUCAUUUGCGGAGGUCGAACCUAUCGCAACGCCGCUUCUACCAACUCGAAAUUUGAGGAAUCGAAAAAAAUGAACAAAAUACAAGACACAAAUACUUUGUAAAUACUUUGUAAGAAACUCUGACAAGAGAUAAGAUACAGAAACGUGUAAUGUAAAUCACAAAACGAGUGAUUCACACAGCUUUUUCUGUGAUACUCAUCGAUAAAUUCCCUCUUUUUUUUUUUUUAAUAUCAUGCAUUGUAUUUUAUAUUAAAGACUUGUUACACUAAUAAUAUUAAAGUGAUUUACAUACACAUUUAAUUGGAAUUAAAGGACAGUACAAUCUGUAUUAUUAAUGUUACGUUAUCAUUAUACAAUCACAAAAAUCGAUCAGAAUUUGAGGACACUUCUGUAUAUUUAUCUUCGCAAUCUUCAAACGCAAUUUAUUUUGCAUUUUACGUGUUUAUAUUUUUUAAUGAUUUAUAUCGAAUAAUCUCAAAUAAUAAAUUCGCGCUUAAACAUCAAUUUAUCAAUUGAAUUGAAAUUGUAUGUGUGUGCGUGUGUGUAAUACCUAAAAUAAAAUUUUUACCAAUAGAAGAACAAUA